AUGUUUGAAACACUCAAGAUAUUUUCGUUUAUUUUGUUAAUUUCUGAAAGUUUUGAAAUAUCCUCAACGAUAUUCACUCAAUAUUCUAAAGAUAAACUUUCAUCCGCAUAUUAUAGUCACGGGAAUGUAUCAAGUCGAGCGGGGUGUGUUUAUUCCUGCUUUGUUGAUGAUCAGUGCUUUGGUGUGGCGUAUCAUACAUCGCGACAGAUGUGUUAUUUGUAUGAUAAAAUUCUGUAUUGUGUGGGACAGUUAAAUGUUAUAGAUGUUGGAAUGGUAACACUAUUACCCAAAGAUGCCUUCAUCGAGAACAUAGCCUUGCAUAAGCCUGUUAAUAGUAGCAGUAAAGAUGGUUUAGGGACACCUUGUAGAGGAGUUGACGGUUCACAAUCUAGAGCCGCCCGAACACAAUCGUCUGCACUAGAAUGGUGGUGUGUAGACAUGGAGGGCAUAUAUAAUCUUCAGUCUAUUUUUGUAUAUAACGGAUUCGCAGUGAACAUGGAUCAAAUAAUAGGUUUCGAGUUACGGUUGAGCUACACUGGACUAUGUACUAUAGAAACGUAUCAUGGAACCACGUUAUGUUACAAAGAUACUGAACCAACUAGUCUUGAGGUUUACAAUAUAACAUCGUGUAACCAGGCAAACGAAUAUGUUUAA